CUUUGUGUUUGAUCUCCGACAUGGAUAUUACUUUCCAUCUUCGCGCAUUCUGAGUGAAGGUGUGUAAUAAAAAGAAAGGUCAAGUACAAAAAAUUAUACGCACUUUACUGCUAUACAGACAACGUUUUCAUGAACAAUUACUUUUGAUAUGAUGAAUUUAUACUUUUUCAUUGCUAAUUUCCAAAGAAAAAAUCAUUUCCAUUUAGUAUUCUUUUCGCUGCUAAAAUAAGCUAUGGUCCCUAAAAUAUAUUGAAUAUCAGUAAAUCAAAAGUUUGUUUUAACAAGAAAAAAAGGACAACACAAGGGGUUUUAUUUGUUAAAAAAAAUGUUGCUAGCUUUUAAAAGGUAAUUAAUGCUUCUAAAAAUAUUUUAAAGUCGUCAUUGCUGUUGUUUAGACUGGAUUUAUGUGUAAUAAUUAUGUGUGUUUCUAUGCAAAAUUUAGACUAACUAGCUAGCUAGCUAGUUCAAAACAGUUCAAAGUUUGUUUCAUCAGAAGACUUGAUUUAAUAGCAUGGUAAAUGCUUAUAUCGAAUAAUUUAUGGAUGUCAAUUACAAAUUUUUAGUUAUAGUUGGACGUCCAAUGUGACACUUCAGUUGAUAUUAGAUGUUGUUUUUUACUAUAGUGCUAAAUCUUUUCACUGCCAUUAGCUUGACUCUCAUGUAAGUCACUAAAGUCAAAAAUCAACAGCCUGUUCUGUUGCACCAUUAAAAAAAGUUUUUAAGUAGUGUCUUAUGAUUGAUUAUGUUCACUGAUUUUUGAUUUCGAAGCAAAAUUUAUUUGGAUGUUGAUUCAAUGAGAUUUUUCUUGCACACUAUAUCCUUAAAUAUCGCAAGGUCGACCUUUGUAGUUCACCUUUUGAAAAGACCAUGGAUCGCCCUGGAAUUUGGUUUUCAAAAUUUGCUGGCCAUUCUGUACAGGUACAAAACUAUUUUAUGGUACUUGCAGAGAAACUUUUAACCUUUACAUCUUCAUAUCUUUAUUUUUUAAUUAAUUAACUGAAUAAGCAAUCGAUUUUCCCAUUUUGUUUGUUUUGUAUUCUGCUUUUCAGUCUAAACUGUAGAAAAAAAGAAAGAAUAAAUUGUUUUGUUAUUACAUUGCUGUGUUUAAGUAUGCAUUGGUUACACAACGCUAGAAAUUACAUGUUAUAUAUUUUGAGUAGUUUACAAGAAUGGGUGAGGAAAUUUGUUAUGUUUGCUGGAUUAUAUAAACCCUUAGAAAAACAAUACUCAUUAUGUGAAUCAGUUGCUUGUAUUCGAUGCCAUAAUAAUGUGGAGAUAAAAAAAAGAGCAAAAAAUAAAUUACUUAAAUAUGCAAACAGAAUGUAUGUGAAAAACCUAACAAAAUCAAUCUCUUACAGUCCUGAGACUCAAGAUUUUAUUUUGUAUUACCCCAGGCUGUCAUCACGGCCAGUAUGGAAUUAUGAUGAUCUACCCUUGUCAUAUCAAGAGGAUUAUAGAUUGUUAACUGAAAAUAUUGAUGUCAUUUUAAAAGAGUACAUAAAUCUUAAACUGCAAGAUUUUGAUGGCUGGUCUAAGUUUUAUCUUGUAAAUCAAGGCACGAAAGAUACUGACAAUGAAAAGUUAUGUGCAGUUACUUAUAACAUUGUAAAACAAUGUUGUAAUGUUAUGCAGGGUUGUCUAUUUGGCUAUGUGUUUUUUUCAGUAUUACCACCGAAUACUACUAUUUUAAAACACAGAGGACCAACCAAUGUUCGAUUACGUUGUCACAUAGCAUUACAAAUACCCAAUAAGAAUUCAGAUUCAGAAACUUCUUGUCUUAUGAAUGUUGAUGGAGAAAAUGUCCAAUGGUUACACCAGAAAGGUGUGUUUUUUGAUGACAGUUUUCCACAUUCCGUCAGGUAUAAAACAGACAGUGAAGACGAAGUUGACAGGGUUGUUUUAUUGCUGGAUUUUUGGCAUCCAGAUUUAACUUCAGAAGAGCGACGAUGUCUUCAAAAUUGUUAUUCUCCUUUACAAUGAAAUUCAUGAAACGGUCGGUACCAUGACUGGAUUUAUUACUUGAGAAGAGGAUAUUAUUCAAAGUUGUUAUUUACAAGCCACAAGGGACAAAGUGACAGACUUGCUAAAAUCUCCUAAAUUAACUAAGGUGGUGUUUACAUGAAAAAUCUCAUCCUGGCUACAUGUAAACCUAGUCUAAGAAAAUGGAGACUCCAAAAACCUAAAAUCUCCUAAAUGAACUAUCAACACGGAGAAAAAUUUUUAUCCUGACAUUUUUUUUCUUAUGAAGUGGGAAGUAUUUUUUAUUAUUUAAAAAAAAGUCAACCACUGUAUAUGUAUUAGGAAAGGCUUAAUUGUU